CGUUUAUAUAAACCACAACACAUUCAUCACGAAUUCACAACUGCCAGUGAACCACCUCGUACUCUCCGAUGGCUUGGCACCGGCAGCGCGGCUUCCCGUUGUUCAUUAGGCCGUGCCUGGAGCUCGCCGUGAUGGCCGCGAUGUGCGCGGCGUCCACGGCGCAGCAGCAGCCACUGCCACUGCCGCAGCCGACGCCAGCUAUGCCGAACGUGACAGCGUGCCCGCCGGCGCAGGCCACCUUGUCGCCGUGCGUGAGCUACUUCAUCGGCAACUCCUCGUCGCCGUCCGCCGCGUGCUGCUCCCAGAUACAGGCCAUGUUCCAGUCGCAGGAGCCCUGCCUCUGCGCCGCGAUGGCGUCGGCGCCGUCGCAGCUCGGCUCGGCGCUUGGCCAACUGCUGCCCAGCUCAUGCAACCUGCCCCCCAACGCCUGUUCAGGGACGAGCACUGCUCCGCCUGGUUCCACGACGCCGGCGUCAGGGACGACCGCUGCUGCGGCGCCGGCAACUGGACCGACUGGUGCGGACCCGACGGCGCCAUCCGGUGGUGGACUGAAGACAGCUCCAGGAUUGCUUGACUCGGCUGCAGUGUCAUGCUACCACGGCAUCUCCGCUGCCGCUGUCAUGAUCUCGUUGUUAGUUGUUUAUCUUCUCUGAUCCGAUUGUUUUUUCCAAAAAAAGCCAGGUUCUGAGCUUGUUGUAAAUUGUGUACACCUGCUAGCAUCUAAGCACACAUAUUUGUUACAA